GGUCCAACCUACUUUUCUUCCAAGGAGGGCUGAAGCUGAGCAGUGCUCUGCAUUAUGCGCUCGCGAAUCCGCCAUCCUCCCUCUGUUCAGUGUGUUGUUCACAGUUUUUCUUGCUCAGCAAUAAUAACCGGCGACUGGAAGCUGGCAACUUGCAUUGAUUGUAUGUAUGUAGUGGAUCUGAGCGCUCCAAUACGUGCAUUGCUACGUCAAAUUUUACUUGACAAACAUGGAGGUUUAUUUUGGCCUACAUUGUCUUUAUAGGGAGAUUUGAGCUUUGAUAGCUUGACCUGCUGAAACGUUAUUUUUUGACAAUAAGAGGAGCCCCCACAUUACUCAUUUUCUGCCAGCUGGAUUACAGGAUUGUAUGAUAACUUUUUAAAUUCAAGAUGCAGGUCCGAACGGUCCUUGAAGUGAAAGUUAUGGAUGUGCAGAAGAAGCGGAAUCCAUCUAAACAUUACGUGUACCUCAUCAAUGUCACAUACUCUGACUCCACCUCUCAUGUCAUCUACAGGAGAUACAGCACUUUUUUCGAUCUCCAGAUGCAGAUCCUGGACAAGUUCCCAGUGGAGGGAGGGCAGAAGGACCCCAAAAAGAGAAUAAUUCCCUUCUUACCAGGUAAACUCUUAUUUCGGCGAAGUCAAGUCAGAGACGUGGCUGUGAAAAGGUUGAAGCAUCUUAAUGACUACUGCAGAGCUGUGAUGAGGCUCCCUAACCAGAUCUCCCAGAGUGAGGAGGUGCUGAGUUUCUUUGAAACCAAGGCUGAGGACAUCAACCCUCCUAAAGAAGACUAUGGGGGAUCCACCAAACACAAAUCAGGUUUGGAUGGUGCCGAUCCUAUGCUACUGGAGCAGUACAUGGUGGUGGCCAACUAUGAGAAGCAGGAGCCGGCAGAAAUCAGCCUGCAGGCCGGCAAACUGGUAGACGUCAUCGAUAAGAGCGAGAGUGGCUGGUGGUUUGUCAGUACAGCAGAGGAGCAGGGCUGGGUCCCUGCCACAUAUCUGAAUACCCACAGCAACACACGAGAUGACCUGGAGCUGGGCGCCUCCAAGUCCAGGGAAGUCACGAAGCACCGUAAGGCCCAUCUGAAGAGGCUGGACCGGAGAUGGACCCUCGGGGGAAUGGUCAGCAGGCAGCAGAGCCGAGAGGAGAAGUAUAUGACGGUGCAGCCAUACACCAGCGAGGGAAAGGAUGAGAUCGCCUUUGAGAAAGGAGUCAUCGUGGAGGUCAUCCAGAAGAACCUGGAGGGUUGGUGGUUCAUCAGGUACCAGGAUAAGGAGGGCUGGGCCCCGGCCUCCUACCUGAAGAAGGUGAUGGAGGACUUCUCUCCCCGUAGUAGUAAUAAGAAGACCCCUUUGACUGGCCCGGUGGAGAUAAUCAGCAACAUCAUGGAGAUCAGCAACCUGCUGAACAAGAAGGCCCUGAGUGAGAAGGACGUGCAGACAGACGGCCAGCCAGAGGACAACCCCCUAACCACCCCCUCCCUGGUCAAGAGGCAGAUCAGCCUGCCCAUACCGUGCUCUAGCUCGGACUUCAGCCCUGGUGCCGCACUGGUGGAUGUUAAGGGCAAAGUAGAACCAGCCUCUCCUGUCAUAGCCCGCAUCGCUCCUCACAGAAUAGAGAUCGGCUCCCCAAUCCUCAGACAAAAGCCACCUCCUCGCAGAGAUGCAACUCUGGGAUUCAAUUUACCCUCGCCACCAGAGCCCCCUACUGUUGAAGCAGAGUACUACACCAUUGCAGAGUUCCAGUCCGUCAUUUCAGAUGGCAUCAGUUUUAAUGGAGGGCAGAAAGCAGAUGUGAUCGAGAAGAACUCUGGUGGCUGGUGGUAUAUCCAGAUUGGUGAGAAAGAGGGCUGGGCUCCCUGCUCCUACAUCGACAAACGAAAGAAGCCCAACCUAAACCGCAGAACCAGCACUCUGAGCCGGCCCAAAGUCCCGCCCCCAGCCCCACCCGUCAAGAAGCAGGACUCUGAGGAGACUGUCCCUACCAGCAUUCCUGGUUCCGAGGCUCCAGAGUCCCCUGCAUCUCCCGGAAGGCCUGUGUACGAGGAGCCAGAAUAUGAUAUUCCUGCCAUUGGGUUUGAUCUGGAGUCAGAGUUUGAGUUCCUCAGGACAGAUGAGUCCUCAGCGGAUGGGAAGAACGAGGAUAGCUCCUCAGAGAAGGGCUCUCACCUUUCCUUCAAGCCAUCUCCGUCCUCUUCUCUCCAUAGCGCAUCCUUCAAGCUGGGCGAGUCGUCCGAGGACGUGGGGCAGGAAGAGGAGGAGCCUGAGGGAGAGGAGUGCAUCUAUGAGAAUGACUGCUUCAUGCCUUUCAGAGAGAUGCCUUAUACACAAUCCAGUGGCGACUCAGAAUUCCUGAAGAUUAGUGCCCCGUUGGAGACUAGCAAAGCUGAAAACUCUCACUCCAUGUUUGGGGCAAGGAGAAAAGGGAAGACUAUCCAGCUGAACGGCAGCCAGUCCCUGUCUCAAACCAAAGCAGAGGCCGGGGCAUCCAGCUCCAAACCUGCCUCUACAGAGUCCAACCCAGAUCUCUCCAAGCAGUCCAGGCCCAAGAAGGACAAAGAGGAGCACAAGAUGGGCUCCACCAAGUCCUCCACCAAACCUAAGCCAUUGGUCAGGCCAAAGCCCCAGCUGGCCAAGGCCUCCAGUGCAGAGAAAAUGGACAUCGGCAGCCUCCGGAGACAACUUAGGCCUACAGGCCAGCUGAAGAAGGGCUCCAGAGGAGAAGACUUUGAAACAGCCUCUGUCAUCUCCUCUGAGGACUCUGUGUCCUCCCACAGCACCUCCGACAUCUCCUCCAUCUAUUCUAAAGGCAGCCGGGGAGACUCAGACGAGGGCUGCAGUCUCUACCGCACCACAGAGGCCUAUGAGAAGGGCCAGGACUCAGAGAUGAGCUUCCCUCCCGGGGUGGAAGUGGAGGUGCUGGAGAAGCAGGAGAGCGGCUGGUGGUACGUCCGCUUGGGCGACACUGAGGGCUGGGCUCCAACCUACUACCUGGAGCCUGUCAGGCAGCUAGACGACAAAGCUGGGUCAGAGUCCGAUGGCACCCCUACCAAACUGGGCAGCCUGAGCAAGUCCAACAGCCUGGAGAAGAAUGAGCAGAGAGUCCAGGCCUUGAACAACAUCAACCAGAGCCUAAAGAGGAGCAUACCACCCAUCCCCUCCAAGCCCUUUGUCCUGUUCAAUGGCUCUCAGAAGAAUGUUUUGAAACAGCAGCAGGUGGUCAGGCCUCAGUCGGUCUUCAUCUCCAAGCCAAUCAUCGACGGGCCAAACCCAGUAGGCUCCCUUAGGAGGGGUGAGUCACUCAAUUCCACUGACCACCCACGCUCUAGUCCCACCUUGCGCCGCAACGCUUCCUUUGGUACUACCCCGCGGUGCCCAGUGCCGAAUGUUAACAUGGCAAACCGGAACAGACCCGGCACGGGAAGCUCCGAAUCACUGGGCCGGGGGACUCAGAGGAACGGUCUACCUAUUUCCACGGUGAAACCCAAAACCCACCUCAUCCAGAACAACCUCCGUGAGGUGUAUGUCUCCAUAGCGGAUUACCAUGGUGAUGAGGAGACCAUGGGGUUCCCCGAAGGAACGACUCUGGAGGUUCUGGAGAGGAACCCUAAUGGGUGGUGGUACUGCCAGAUCCUGGACGGAGGUCGACCUCGAAAAGGCUGGGUCCCCUCAAAUUACCUGGAAAGGAAGAGCUAGUGACACACUAAUAUUCAGUGCAUGUGCAAUCAGGUCAGAGACCAUUGUUGACAGUGGAAAUGGAAAUGGAAAGACACUGUUUUUUUACAGUGUAAAGAUGGAAAUCAGAAGAGACCAUUUAUAGUAUCAUUGAAGUGGUAUACUUUGUGUUUUCUAAACUGAGGGUGGCCAACCAAUCCUGCAUAUAAUUACUUGACAUUUUAUUAUUAUAAUCUGAAGUGACAAAGAAAAUACUUCAAAGUAUACUUUUUUGACAGGAUUUUAUCUAUUCACAGACAGCCGGGGGUUGGGACAAAUACCUUUGGCAUUAAAAUCAGCAAAAGGUCAAUCAAAUAUUUAACAAAAUAAUUAAACAAAGUGGUUGAUUUGAUUAAAUGUGCUUUUUAAUCCAAAAUGGAAGAAUAAUGGGAUUUGGACACCAGUGGAAGAGCUUUGGACAGCUUUGGCUGAUCAUGGUGAGAUUUUGUGAUAUGAUAACAUUACUUAAUGAUCUCCAAUGGGCUACAAAUGAUUCACUUCUAAUGAUAUUUGAUCAUAUAAUGUUUUUUUAUGAUUUCUUCUUUAAAGGUCCAACGCAGCCCUUUUUAUAUCAAUAUCAAAUCAUUUCAGGGUAAAAAUAAGUAGCUUACUGUGAUUGUUUUCAAUUAAAAUAGUCAAAAAUAAACAAAAAUAGCUUGAUAGCAAAUAGCAAUUGGUUUAUUAACUCAUUUACUCAAAUAGCUUUUACUCUAAAAGGACAUUAUCACAUUAUUAUUCCAACAUCAUAGUGUGUAAAUAUAAAUACAGUGCAUUUGCAAAGUAUUCAGACCCCUUCCCCUUUUCCACAUUUUGUUACGUUACAGCCUUAUUCUAAAAUGGAGGAAAUCCUCAGCAAUCUACACACAAUACCCCAUUACGACAAAUUAAAAACAGGUUUUUAAAACCUUAUUUACAUAAGAAUUCAGACACUAUGCUAUGAGAAUCGAAAUUAAGCUCACCUGCAUCCUGUUUCCAUUGAUCAACCUUGAGAUGUUUCUACAACUUGAUUGGAGUUCCUUGAUUGGAGAAACUUCCAGAAGGACAACCAUCUCUGCAGCACUCUACCAAUCAGGCCUUUAUGGUAGAGUGGCCAGACAGAAGCCACUUCUCAGUAAAAUGCAGAUGACAGCCCGCUUGAAAUUUGACAAAAUGCACCUUAAUGUCUCUCAGACCAUGAGAAACAAGAUUCUCUGGUCUGAUGAAACCAAGAUUGAACUCUUUGGCCUGAAUGCCAAGCGAAGCAUCACGUCUGUAGGAAAGGGGGUGGAAGCAGCAUGCUGUGAGGUUGAUUUUCAGUGGCAGGGACUGGGGGACUAGUCAGGAUUGAGGGAAAGAUGAACAGAGCAAAGUACAGAGAGAUCCUUGAUAAAAUCCUACUCCAGAGCGCGACCCUAAGUACACAGCCAAGACAACGCAGGAGUGGCUUCGGGACAAGUCUCUGAAUGUCCUUGAGUGGUCCAGCCAGAGCCCGGACUUGAACAAAAUCGAACAUCUCUGGAGAGACCUGAAAAUAGCUGUGCAGCAACACUCCCCUUCCAACCUGACAGAGUUUAAGAGGAUCUGCAGGGAAGAAUUGAACAAACUCCCCAAAUACAGGUGUGCCAAGCUUGUAGCUUCAUACCCAAGAAGACUCAAGGCUGUAAUCCCUGCCAAAAGUUUUUCAACAAAGUACUGACUAAAGGGUCUGAAUACUUAUGGAAAUGUAAUAUUUCAGUUUUUUAUUUUUAAUACAUUUGCAAAAAUAUCUUAACCUUUUUUUGCUUUGUCACUAUGGGGUAUAAUUUGUAGAUUGACAAGGAUUUUUUGGGGGGAAUAAGGCUAUAAUGCAACAAAAUGUUGAAAAAGUCAAGGGGUCUGAAUACUUUCUGAAUGCAUUGUAUAUAUAACACAGAAAAUGUAGUUUUUGCCUGCACUGGACCUUUAAAGCUUUUUGCAUGUUUAAAAUGUUUUGUUUAAGUAAACAUUUAUCUUGAAAUGCUUUGUAUGUUGUAUUUAAAAGGUCUGUUGCUACACCUUCUCAUAUGUUUAAUGUCAUCUGCAGAAUGUCUUGUGCAUGUUUUUAAGUCACUUUGUUAUGAAGCUUAAUGUAUAUUUCAUGUAAUAUUGUUUCAUAUGGCUAUGUGUGUAUGGCAUAUUGCUGUAGAGCUUUGUGAAUGUGCUCUAUCAGUUCAUUACAGCAUGUAAGUCAUUUGAAACCUCUUAAAAGCUACAGUCUGAGAUUUGAAAAACAAAAAUAAACAGCUGAGGGAUAGGGCUAGGACAAUUUUGGUUCAUGACAAAGACAGACAGUUGUGCUGAAGGCAUUUAUAAGAAUUUUCUUCCAGAAUCAAUGGGUAAAUAUGAAGAAUUGAAAUAACCAUUAAACAGCUUCCCAAGUUGCUGACUGUAGCUUUAAUGUAAUUCUUUAUCAAUGUUUCAUGAUUUUCUUGAUGACACUCUACCUAAUGUCUUAUACGUACAGUAUGUAUCAUUCGCCACCUUAGAAGUGUAUUUCUGCUCUGGUCUUGUGACAAAAUAAGUCAGCCUACUGUAUAUUUGAAGGAGUGGUAAAUCAGCAAUUUUUUUUCGCUCUUCAGAAUCGUCUUCUAGUAAGUACAUUUUAAUUAACUACCUUUUAAGGUGUUUGCUAGGUUGUAAAAAAAAUUACAAAUAAAUGAUGAGCUGCUUAUGCACUUCCAUUAUUCCAUUUAAUUUACCAGAGCAAGGAAUAUUUGACUUGAAUAUUGGAAUUGAGGCUUUGCAUUGGCUUUCAAAACCAAACCUCAGCGAUGUGUUGAAUAGCAAUUCUAAUUCCAAUAACUUAAAUUGUGAUCUUAUCUGAGAGGGAACAAAACAAUUACAUUUAAAAUCCUUUAUUUAUACCACAAGGGGCUUGCAGGCAGCAGUACAUAUGCAUAAAACAAUGACUCACCUGGUGCUACUCAUACUCAUAUCGAGAAAGACUUGAUACUCUUGCCCCUUUGAAAAGGAGGCACAUACAGUAUUUAAAAAGGUGUACUCUUAAUAAUGCUGUGUAGUAUAAAUGUUUAUGUUUGAAUAAUAAUUCUAGCUACAUAACUUUUUAAAUAAAGUAUUUCAAGUAAUUAAUUCCCUAUUUUGAACUAACAUCUAGUUACAUUGAGUUAAUCUUACCCUGUUUUACAUAAAAUGGAAUUUAACUGAUUUAUCAAUGGAUAGGUCACAUUACAUACUUUCUUGCCCAAGCACAAAAUUCUCAAUUUAUUUUAAUGAAGCUGGCCCUCUUAUGGCUGAUGUUCAAGACUGCUGAAAUAUGGUUCCCAAUUAAUGAUCCUAUUCUGCCAGUUUGAUCCUAUUCUGCCACAAAGUGUCCUUUGUCAUUGUCUGCUGGACAGUAUGGAAUCUAACUUUAGUUUUAGAGCUUGCUACAUUACAGAAAUGUUAUUUAUAUUAUUCAGCAGAGAGAACGUUCAUUUUAUGAUUACAUGUGAACAAUAAUAAUGAAUUAAUUGUGAAUAAAUGCACUUCUGCAUUA